UUUAGUAAAUGUUUAUUUAAUGUAACAACAUAAAUAUUUUUCAUUCUUGGAACAAUAUGGACGAGAAUUCUCCUAAAAAUAAUUUUGGAAUAGACGAUUUUAUUGCCUUCGCAGUCGUGCUUCUGGCAUCGUGUAUCAUUGGUAUCUAUUUUGCAUACAAGGAUAGAAAAGAUUCCUCAAUGAGUACUUACUUCUUCGGAGGAAAGCAAAUGCACCCGGUGGCUGUCGGAUUGUCUAUGGCUGUAACAUUUCAGUCAUCAAUUGCAGUUAUAGCCGAACCCACAGAGGCAUACAUUGUAGGAAAUGUUGCAAUUUGGUAUCCUAUUACUAGCUUUUUAGCUUUUACUCUCUCAUUUUUUUACUUCAUGCCGGCAUUUUAUACAAUGGACCACGGCACUAUAUUUGAGUAUCUCCAAAUACGAUUCAAUACAUAUGUGGCAAAAAUAGCGGCUAUUACGAACACCAUUUCAACGAUUUUCUACAUGGGACUAGUCGUAUAUGCACCUGCUACAGUAUUAAAUGCAGUAACGCCAAUUUCACUGAAUUGGAGCAUAGUUUUGACAAGCGUGAUCUGCACUUUCUAUACGGCACUGGGUGGAAUGAAAGCUGUUAUGUGGACUGAUGUGUUUCAAUCAGGAAUCAUGAUUAUCGGAAUCAUUUCGGUUUUCAUUCAAGGCCUAAUAAAAAUCGGAGGAUUUGGUUCCUUAUUUGAGGCUCUUGAGAGAGGAGAACGAUAUACUGCUGGCAGGUUUGAUUACGGCCUUAUCUCUCGUAUUUCUCCUCUAGCGUUGCUUCUGGGAGGAGUUGGACAAAAAUUAAAUAGUCAAGGUUUAUCACAACAAAUAGUGCAACGGUAUCAAUCUUGCAAGUCGUUGCGGCAUGCCCAAUAUGCCGCCCUGUUUUACAUCGUUCCAACAUCGUUGAUAUUCUUAAUUAACGUUGGAAAUGGGCUGGUGAUGUAUGCUUACUUUGAAGGUUGUGAUCCAGUUAAGUCAGGGGAGAUUGAGGAAAUUGAUCAAGGAGUUCCGUACAUGACAUUAAAAUUGUUUGCAGAUAUUCCUGCCAUGUCGGGAAUUUUUGUGGCUGCUGUUUUUAGUGGAUCUUUGAGCACAAUAUCUUCCGGUAUUAACUCGUUUUCAAUGGUGAUUGUAGAAGAUUUCAUUACUCCGUGUUCCGAGAAAGUUGCAAAUUCCGAUACAAUGAAGAUUAUACUUGGAAAAACAUUUGGUAACGGUUAUGACUUCAUGUAUAAGAAAUAUCCUAGUAGAGCCCCACCUCGUGGAAUCUGA